AUGUCCGAUGGCUCCCGCACGGCGCUUUCGAAGUCGACCUUCCACUUCGCCGCCGGCCUCGGUUCCGGCGUGCUCUCCGCCGUCCUCCUCCAGCCCAUCGACCUCCUCAAGACCCGCGUUCAACAAUCCGGUAGCCACUCCCUCGCGGCCGCCAUAGCCGACAUCCGCGCAGCUCCACGCUUACUGCCCGCCCUCUGGCGCGGCGCCGUGCCCUCGGCCCUACGCACCGGUUUCGGCUCAGCCAUCUACUUCACCUCCCUCAACGCCAUCCGCCAGUCUGCCGCGCGGUGGAACUCCGCUACACCCCUCCACGGACAAGCAGGAAAAAGCAGCGCAGCAGGGAGCUCCUCCCUCCCCAAACUCUCCAACACAUCCAACCUCCUCGCCGGCGCCGUGGCCCGCUCCUUCGCCGGCCUCCUGCUUAUGCCCCUGACGGUGCUCAAAGUCCGCUACGAAAGCACACUAUACGCCUACACCUCCCUCUCCGCCGCAGCCCGCGACAUCUUCGCCCGUGACGGGCUCCGCGGGUUUUUCGCGGGGUACGGCGCCACCGCUGUGCGCGAUGCGCCGUAUGCCGGGUUAUACGUGCUGUUUUACGAGCAGGGGAAAAAGAGGCUGGCUGCUCUAUUCCCCGCUACCACUCCCACUACCCCCACCACCAGCAACAUCCAAUCUAACCCCAACGAAAAAACCCCCAUGGCCCUCACCCACGCAGCAAGCAUCAACUUCGCCUCGGGCGUUCUCGCCGGCAUCAUCUGCUCCGUCCUCUCCAACCCCUUCGACGCCGUCAAGACGCGCAUCCAAUUGCAGCCGACACGCUACCGCAACAUGGUACACGCUGCACGACGGAUGGUCGGGGAAGAAGGGGCACGCGCGCUGUGGGAUGGGCUGGCGCUGAGGAUGAGUCGGAAGGCGGUGAGUUCGGCGUUGGCGUGGACUGUGUAUGAGGAGUUGGUGAGGAGGAUGGAGAGGGGGUUGGUGAGUCCGAGGGAGGGGAGGGAGGAACGGCAGGGGUUGUGA